UUGAAGAGUGGGGUACGAUGGCUGCCUUCAGAUUUGCGAUCUUGCUUUUCCUCGCCUCCCAAAGCGCAGCGCACGCGCGGGUCCUGGAUGCGCAGCGCGGCCAGAGAACGUGGGACAGGAGCGUUGUGUCGGAGGCUCUGGACAGCUGCAAGGACUGCACCCAGAUCUUGGAGCUUUUCGUGGACAUGCUCUCCAAUGCGGACACCCAGGAGAAGAUCAAGGAGAUGCUGGACGAAGUGUGCAGCCGUUUGCCUGGCACCCAAACUCAGAACCUCUGCCGGGACCAGGUUUCCAAGUACCUGCCCAUGGCCAUUCAGUUCCUGACUGGAUUCAUUAAGCCAGGUCAGAUAUGUACACUUCUGGGCCUGUGCCACAGCCAAUCACAAGGCAAGGAGCUGGAACUGCUGACCAAUUAUUUCGCAGAGGCCCGUAUAUUGCCUGGGGCAGGCACUAUGACAGAGGUGCAGUCCUCUGUGCAGUGCACCUUCUGUCUGUAUCUCAUCAAGGGCGUGGAGAGCCUGAUGCCCAAUACUGAGGAUGCCAUAGUACACUUCCUGGGCCAGGGGUGUUGCUUGCUGCCGGGUAAGAUGAAGGACCAGUGCCACACCCUGGUGGAUAAGUACGUCCGACAGGUGAUGGGGUUCCUGCUGUCCUGGGCCACUCCAGAGAAGGUGUGCUCCCUGCUUCAGAUCUGUUCCUCCCAGGAGAACCCCGGCACAGACUGUGACGCAUGUCAGACCCUGGAGAUUCUGGCCCGGUUCCACCUGGGUUCCAACGCCACAGAGCAUCAGACCUCCUCUUUUCUGAAGUCCGUCUGUGACCUGCAUCCUAGUGCCAUCCCUGAGUGUGACACCUUCACCCAGCGCCACGGGCCUACUCUGCAGAGGAUUCUGGGUAAACCAGGGGCUGUGCUGGAUGUGUGUCAGGGGGCGCUCCUGUGUGCCAGGGACAGGGAGGCUGGAGAGGGUGGGCACGCCUGCAGUAAGGGCAGGAUUUACACCUGCAAGGACAUGGAGACGGCAAAGGAGUGUAACUCUGUGUCCUUCUGCCAGGAGUACCUGUGGAAGUAAGCCCCGCCCCCUGAGCACCAGGCCAGCCCACUGAUUGGAUGGUCACCGGCCGUGAAUGAAGACUGCACAUGAGACGUUUGCCACCAAUGAUGACUUCUCAGGAUUCCUGCACAUGAUUCCAGCUUCACUAACAUUGCUUAUCAAACGCAUAUCUUAUAUCAAUAAUGGAGAAACGCCAAUAUCUGCUUUGCUAUUUGCACAGAUUGUACAAUUUGCACUAUUCCAUGGUGCUUUUGUAAUUGUAUUUGAUUUUUUAAUCAAAGCUGAUAUUUUUCUUAUUGCUCAGGCCACCCACCACACACUGAAACAGCAGCAGUAACGGGAACUGCACGGAGCACAUUCAUUUUCCCUAUUAUCUCAAGCAAAGAAAAGCCCAUUGAAUGCCAACAUUGAGCCAGUGGCUUCCUCUAGAUAAGAUAAAACACGCACUUUUACUCAGGAAACUCCAGCACCAUAGAUGGGGUAACCCACUGAAUUCAGGGUCAAGCAACAAUUAAAUUUGCCUUACAUGCUUCCUGAAGACAGAGUAGAUCCAUUAUAUCAGGAGCAUCACAUAUAUUUACAGCAUGGAUGUGUUUAU